AUGGGGAUCAGGGAGGUUGUAGUUGGAAUUGUGGCGGUUUUCGAUGGACAUAACGGUGCUGAAGCUAGUGAGAUGGCGUCAAAACUUUUGAUGGAGUAUUUUGUUCUGCAUACUUAUUUUCUUCUUGAUGCAAUGUAUUCUGUUGUAUCAAAGACUUCCACAGGAAAAUUGCUUCACAGGCGAGACCAUGAUCACGGAAACUUAUUGCAUAGGUGGAAAGAGAUUUUAGGUUGGCAAUGGCAUGAACUGCAUUCUGAAAGGUUGCAGAAUGUAUUUUCUGCUAAUUUUGAUGAUUCUUUUCACUUGGAAAUUUUGAAGGAAGCAUUGUUGAGAGCAAUCCAUGAUAUUGAUGUAAGGUUUUCUGAGGAAGCCUCUAGAAAUAACAUUCAUUCAGGAUCUACAGCAACAGUUGUAUUGGUUGCAGAUGAUAAGUUUUUGGUUGCCAAUAUUGGGGAUUCUAAGGCUUUCUUGUGCUCUGAAAAUUUUCAGUCUCCUAAGGAAGCUAAAGCCUCCUUAUUAGAGCUAUAUAGGCAGACAGAGCGUGAUGGUUCUGUUUCUGUGUGGGAUCGUGAAAAUUCUAAAUUGGGGUGGUUUGCAAAGAUCAAUCCUGAUGCACCACUUGACAAAGUUUGUAUUCUCAGCUGUGGAAUAUGCACUGGUCUUGGUGCUACUAUCAAUGUUGCAAAGCCAAAACCUGGCUCUUCUGUUGCUAUCUUUGGACUUGGAGCUGUUGGUCUUGCUGCUGCUGAAGGGGCAAGGAUUUCUGGUGCAUCUAGAAUCAUUGGAGUUGAUUUAGUUUCCAGCCGAUUCGAAUUAGCUAAGAAGUUUGGAGUGAAUGAGUUCAUGAACCCGAAAGAUCACGACAAACCUGUACAGCAGGUUAUUGCUGAAAUUACGAAUGGAGGUGUAGAUCGUGCUGUUGAAUGUACCGGUAGCAUCCAAGCUAUGAUCUCAGCAUUUGAAUGUGUCCAUGAUGGUUGGGGUACUGCUGUACUUGUUGGAGUUCCAAGCAAAGAUGAUGCCUUCAAAACUCAUCCUAUGAAUUUCUUGAAUGAGAGGACUCUUAAGGGUACCUUCUAUGGCAACUACAAGCCCCGCACCGAUCUUCCCAAUGUUGUUGAGAAGUACAUGAAGGGGGAGCUGGAACUUGAGAAAUUCAUUACUCACACAGUACCAUUCUCAGAGAUCAACAAAGCUUUUGAUUACAUGCUGAAAGGGGAGUCUAUUAGGUGUAUCAUCAGAAUGGAGGAGUAAUGCUCUAAAACAUUGUUGAAACAGUCUCACUAGGGGACUGAGUUUUCUAUCUGGUUGUUGAAAAAAUAAAUAAUGGAAUUGUUGUAUAUUCCAUUUUGGUUUA